UUCCUUGUAGAUCUCGAUGGCUUCUAAGAACGGGAUGACAUUUUUCUUGCCAUCAAAUCGGUGUGUGCACGCAGCAAAGGUAGACUGCAUUGCAGGUGCAGCUCUGCUUCCAAUCUGGGACAGCAACAACGCCAAUUGACUGUCCGUCAUAACGACAGGCACCGGUUGUGCAGGAGCCAUCACUGGACCAGGUGCGUCACGCACCUCUGUAGACUCCCUUGGUGAUUCCAUCAUCUCCACCUCAGCCGCAGCUGGUGUCUCCGUGGACGUCCCAGGCCUUUGCGCCGGGCUAUUUGUACGCGAUCUCGUUAGGACCAUUAUUAUGCGUAACUUUCAGUAAAUACAGCAGUCCAGACGUGGUUAGUGCAGCACGGUAUAUUCGUAUGGUAACAUGAGCUGUUGGGAACGAAAUAUCGGAUAGCGGAUAGAACCGAUAUCAACAACUCCAGAUACGAACGUCAAAAUACACGCGUACACAGUUCUAACUUUCACGUAUACUGUUCAAAGUCACUUUAAAAGCUGUAGGAAUUGUGUUUAUUAAAUUACACCUAAUUUAAGUCAAUAGGUACACUUUUAUUCCAAUUUUCACAAAGUUUGUACACGAAACUUUUACGUAAACAAGUUCGUACGUUUUGACAGCUUUGACACUUCGACCACGACACUAUUGACAGUGACAGUUCUAUAGGCGGCAAAAUUGUCUAUCGACCAAUAGGAAAAUGGUAUCGCCUACUGUGCACUUCACACUCGCAAAAUGGUAUCGUCCAGUUUUUCUCAACUGUAUUUUCGCUAAAAAACGAUAUAAUACGCGUUGCACCUCAGAUCAUAGAAAGAGAAUAGAUAUGAAGUCGCGCGUAACUACAACGAGAACCAGUGUCCCCACAUUUCCCCCACCACUGCUCCCACACACACAUUCAACUGUGUAAAAACAAAGCGGCUGAGAGUCUACGACAACAUGUGCAACCGGCUUAAAAGUGCUGUGAUUGGCCAGAAGGCAUGCCUUAUGGCCAAUCAAAGGCCGCGUGACGUGACGCACACUUUGAAAACGCUAGUGAGAGAACAAAGAUAAAAUGGAGUCGACAAGAUAUCGAUACUUUAAAUCGCUAGGGGCAAGGCUCGAAACUGAUUUCACAAAAUGCUUAUGUAUGAAAACCUUUUUAUUAUUAUACGUUAUUAACUACUAUCACGCAUUUACUUUUUAAUUAUGGCGAUCUGCGUACCGCAUAUUAUGUUUAUCAAAAAUAAUGCCUAUAUUAGGCUUUCAACUAGCUCUUAUAGUAAUUACAUAGUUGACAGUUACUAAUUACUUCUACUGUUAUUAUUUUUUUUUGUAAAAUCUUAUAAUCGCAAGUAACACACUUUUUUUUUAAUUUAAAAUUACAAAAUAGAAAAUUAUAAUUUAAUUCUAUUUAUCGAUAAUAGGAAACCGCAUUAGAACACGAGCACGGCACUAUGUUACGACCGGCACAUGCGGCCGUACUGUGUAUUUUCACACGACCAGUGGAUAUCGGAAGAAAUUAAAUACAUUGCGCAGUAGUUGAGCAUGACAUAAAGUGGUUGCUAACUAAAUCGUCAAUGUACAAGUGUGUUAGAAUUUUUAUCACCACUGAUUUCGAUAUCGCAGUAACUGUUACGGCACUGAAUUCGUUCGUAAAAAUGUAUAGUUUUUUUUAUUUAUAAGCAAAAUACCAAUGGAUUUGCAAUACUUACAUGUAGUAAAUGACUCCAUUGUUCCUGUAGUUCUUCGUUUCACCAGCCUGGCGCAAGUCCAAAGAGAAAAAACGAUCGUAUGAAACGGAAGCGAAUUUAUAAGGCGUCUAUGUUCGAAAGAUUAUUCAAACCUACAAAGCAGUGGACAAUUGACGGCAUUCGAAUUUAGGCGGAUUGUACUUCGCCGCCAUCUUAGACCGCCAUGACAGGUGUCAUUUCAUUUGUCUUUUGUUGUUGUGGUUGUUCGGUCUGAUUUUUUGCUCUUUUUGCAAGUAAUCUGCCUAAGUUUCUAAAUAAUUGCGUCUAUAGGCAUUCAAAACAAUCAAAUAAGUAAAAAAAUGAGUGGAUUUAAAAGGAAAAAGUGCGAAAUUUGUCAAAUAAAAACAUGUAGAAUGGACGGACAAAAAAGAAUUUUCAUGGCAAGAUUUCUAUUAGAAGAAGAUCGCUGUAGAGAAUGGGUAGCAGCUACCGGAAACAAAAAUUUGAUUAAUGUGCCUAUAGAAAAAUUGAACCAAUUAAAAUAUGUUUGUGGCAAGCACUUUGUUACAAAAGAUUUCAAGAAAAAGAAAACGCAGUUAAAGAAAAAUGCUGUUCCACGUAUUGAUAUUGCUAAAAAUCCGUUACCAGAUGACCUGUUCCAACAUAUGGCUCAAAGUAACACAAGGAAAAAUGUUUUACACGAUCAUAAUUACUACAGCUGCACUGAUCGCGAAUCUUCAACUUCAAAACUAUCAAUAGAGUGUGACUCUAAAAGAAAAAGGUCACAUAGUCCAAAACCUUCAACUUCUACAACAGAGACUGUAAUUGGGUGUUGUGACUCUGAAAGAAAAAGGUCACAUAGUCCAAAACCUUCAAUUUCUACAACAGAGACUGUAAUUGGGUGUGACUCUGAAAGAAAAAGGUCACAUAGUCCAAAACCUUCAACUUCUACAACAGAGACUGUAAUUGGGUGUUGUGACUCUGAAAGAAAAAGGUCACAUAGUCCAAAACCUUCAACUUCUACAACAGAGACUGUAAUUGGGUGUGACUCUGAAAGAAAAAGGUCACAUAGUCCAAAACCUUCAACUUCUACAACAGAGACUGUAAUUGGGUGUUGUGACUCUGAAAGAAAAAGGUCACAUAGUCCAAAACCUUCCACUUCUACAACAGAAGAUGUAAUUGAGAGUGACACUAAAAGAAAAAGAUCACAUAGUCCAAAACCUUCAACUCGUACAACAGAAAUUUUAACUAAGAGUGUCCCUAAAAGUAAAAGACCACAUAGUUCAGAAAAUACAGCUGUUACACCACGGAAGAAGAAAUUAAUGAAAAAGCUAAAGAAAAGUCGAAUUGUAAUUAAAAAUUUACAGACAAAGGUUGAUCAGAUAGACAACAUUUCUUCUCCAGUGCUAAAGUGCUUAAUUGAGUCUUCCAUAGCCAAUCAAAAACGUAAACCUAAAGGAAAACGUUUUACGAAAUUGAGCAAAAGUGUAGCCUUAGCUAUUUAUAAAAAAUCGCCUAAAGCUUUUAAAUACUUAAGUACAUUACUACCUAUGCCAAGUAUAAGGACGUUACAAACUGUCCUACAAAAUAUGAAAAUGGAGCCUGGAAUAGAUCCUACUACUUUAACUCAUUUGAAGAAAAAAGUUGAACGCUUAUCAGAUGCUGACAAACUCUGCGUGAUCUUGUUUGAUGAAAUAUCGUUAAAGAAAAGGCUAAUAUAUAAUCCAAGUACCGACAAUAUAGAUGGUUAUGAAGAUUUAGGCGAUGAAGGUGGACGAACAGCAAAAAUAGCUGAUCAUGCUUUGGUACUAAUGCUUCAAGGAAUUCGGAAAAAAAUUAAACAGCCGAUCGCAUAUUAUUUUGUUAAAGGUACAAUUGGAUGGUCCAAUUCUAGAAAUCACUAAGUCCAUUUUCAUAGUUUUCGAACUGACAACACUGAACAACGUAGCUUUUUUUUCUCUAUGGACUGGCGCAAUUAAUUUUUAACUUAAAAAUCCCUUUCCGUGUAUUUUGUGAAUUACUUUAACACUAAGUCCUCUCUUUCCAAUUCAAGAAAUCACUAUGUCCUAAUAUCCCUUAGUCCUGUCGGCUCAAAUUAACAAAUCCCUAAGUCCAUUAAAUUAUCCCUCUGUUUUGACUAUCAAAAAUAUUUGCCACUACCCGUAACAAAUAUUGGCGACGAAUAUUACCUUCGCCAAUUAUGGCUGCAUAAUUUUGAUGUGCACAAUUUACGAGAGAAUACUGCAACAAUGUACAUAUACACCGAACAAUAUGCAUUAAAAGGACCUAAUGAAGUUAUUUCAGCUUUAAAUGAUUACAUCCUAAAUAAUUAAAAAAACCGGCCAAGUGCGUGUCGGACUCACGCACAAAGGGUUCCGUACCAUUGAUUUAUGAAAUAUAUAUUUUUUUAAUUUAUUUGUAUGAAAGAUUACGCGGUAAUAAGCGGUUUACGAUUUACGAGGUAUUAAAAAAAACUACUUACUAGAUCUCGUUCAAAACAAUUUUCGUUGGUAGUUUUUAUAGUAAUGUACAUCAUAAUAUGUUUUUUUUUAGAUUUUUCAUUUUCUUAUUUUAGAAGUUAGAGGGGGGGACCAACUUUUUUCCACUUUGGAAGCGUCUGUCACGCAAACUAUUCGGUUUAGAAAAAAAAUGUUUUAGAAACCUCGAUAUCAUUUUUGAAGACCUAUCCAUAGAUACCCCACACGUAUGUGUUUGAAGACCGAUAAAAUAUAUACACCUGAUUAUUACAUAAAACUGAUUAAGACCAGCAGACAAGCCCCAUUUAGUAUCGUGUUUUUGGAGAAAAACUUAUCAAGCAAACAGGGUGACGAGAGGACCGUAAAGGUGAAAGAUUACAAAAGAGUGUACGAUAAUAGAAUUAAAACUUCUGUACCUGGCAUAUCGACUUGUCGACAAGUCCACUUCCGAAAAAAUGGUCGACCGGAAUUUACUUCUUCCAUGACUACGAAUUGCUUGAAGCCAAUUUCUUUGUAUCGUACUGGUAUUUCUAGAUUGAUUAGAAGUCAGCCUGAUGAUUGCUACGAGGGUCCAAUAAGGUUAAAACCAGCUAAAAUAGCAGAUAUUAAAAAUCUAUUACAGUUUAUACCUGAACAUUUGAGGCAUUUUUAUGAUGAUAUAGAAACUGAAAACUCAUUAGUUUAAGUCAAUGAAGAGUUGAUUGAUGAUGUAGAAUAAGUUAAUAGAAUAUAUAUGUAAGUAAUAUUGAUAAGUAAGUAAAAAUGUGAACCUAAGUUAUGAAAAUUUUAUGAAUA